AGACGGGCGGCGGCGGCGGCAGCGAACGGGCGCCCAUUCCCCGGGCGAGCUGCAAGGCGAGCGCUCCUGGCGGGCGGCCGGGACCCGCGCUGCAGCCGCCGGUGCGUUCCGGUCCGGGCUGCCGCCGCCACAGGCGGCCCCAGCUCCCGCCGGCUCGCGGCGCCCCCCGGCCGCGCCCCCACGCGCUGCUCGCGGCCCCGGCCAUGGAGCUGGGCGGAUCCGAGGCUCGGCCGAGCUGAGGCGGCGGCUCCCGUCUGCUCAGCCCGCUCGCCGGCGCCUGGCCCUCAAGAUGAUGAAGAAGAAGAAGUUUAAGUUUAAGGUGGACUUCGAGCUGGAGGAGCUCUCCUCGGUGCCCUUCGUCAACGGGGUCCUCUUCUGCAAGAUGCGGCUGCUGGACGGCGGCAGCUUCACCGCCGAGUCCUCCAGGGAGGUGGUGCAAGCAAACUGUGUUCGCUGGAGAAAGAAGUUCUCGUUUAUGUGCAAGAUGAGUGCCAGCGCCUCCACGGGCAUCCUGGACCCUUGUGUCUACAGAGUGUCUGUGCGGAAGGAAUUGAAAGGUGGCAAGGCUUAUGCAAAGCUGGGCUUUGCAGAUCUAAACCUGGCAGAGUUUGCCGGAUCAGGAAAUACCACCCGCCGCUGUUUACUGGAAGGCUAUGAUACCAAAAAUACAAGACAGGACAAUUCCAUUCUCAAAGUUUUGAUCAGUAUGCAGCUGAUGUCUGGUGACCCGUGUUUUAAAACACCUCCCUCCACAUCCAUGUCGAUCCCAAUCGCUGGAGAAUCGGAGUCUUUGGAAGAGGAUAGGAAAGGUGGAGAGACUCUCAAGGUGCAUCUCGGAAUAGCAGAUCUUUCAGCAAAGAGUGCCUCUGUUCCAGAUGAACUUGGUGCCUGGGGACAUUCUAGAACGUCAAGCUAUGCAAGCCAGCAGUCCAAAGUAUCAGGGUAUAGCACGGGUCACUCCCGGUCAUCCAGUUUCUCCGAGUUCUGCCACAGAAGAAAUACCUCAGUGGGCAGCACAUCGACAGGAGUUGAAAGCAUCCUGGAGCCAUGUGAUGAAAAUGAGCAAACCACAGCCGAGCCGGCUCUCGACCCAGCCGAUAAAGAAGAAGACGCUUCUGAGAAAGCCUCCAGAUGCCCAGUGAAGCAGGAUUCUGUUGAAUCUCAGCUGAAGCGGGUUGACGACACCAGAGUGGAUGCUGAUGACAUCGUGGAGAAAAUCCUGCAAAGUCAAGACUUCAGUCUCGACUCCAGCGCCGAAGAAGAAGGACUCAGGUUAUUUGUGGGGCCUGGAGGAAGCACAACCUUUGGCAGCCAUCACCUUCCAAACAGGGUAGGAUCUGGAGCCUACGAGCAGGUAGUGAUCAAACGCUAGAGGGGAUGCCGGCGGUGGACAGACGCUUCCCUGGGGAUGUGAACUGUGGACACCAGGUGUUUCAAGGUGUUUUAGUCAAGAGUGUGAGAAAAGCAAUGAACCCGUUUUCAAAGCAAAGUUCAUCCGUGCAGAGGAAAGCAAUGCUGGCUCCUUCUCAGAGCACCCCCCAUCAUCUGUCCAGAGCCACUCACCCACCCUUCUCGGAGCAGAGCACCCCCCAGCAUCUGUACCGAGUCACUCGCCUACCGAGGGAGCAUGGGAAUGGAGGGUAAAGGCCUGGCCUGCUUCAGCACCCCAUCUGAGUUUACUUUUUUCAAAUUUUUAUGUAAUCAACUUUAAUUGCAUGAUUUACAACAGUUGAAGGGUUUUGCUUUCUGUUUUCAAGUUUUACAGAAAGGUGGACGGGGCAGAGUAAGGAAGAGAGCAAGGGAAGAAACUUCGGACAUUUUGCCUGUUAAAGCCACCCCACUGGCCUUCUUCUUGUCCUUUCAAGGCACCUCGGAGGAGGAUGGCGUUGGACACUUUUGAGUGUGAUUUUGGUGUCCCAACAUAAAAAUCCAAGGCAGGGCCACUCAAUAGCUCUGGGCUGUGUUUAAAUUUUACAUUUCAGAGACAGUGUGGGAGGUCAGUUUAAACCCAUAAAUGCUAUCCAAAUAACUGCAAUUCCUAUUAAGUAAAUCUUCCAUGUCCCACUACCUAUAGCAUUGUCCUAAGUGUAUUAACGCCUUUACACAGUAAUUGACAGAAGGUGGGUGUCUGUGGUGGACUUAAACACUUUAAGUACUUCAUAUUUCUAAAUGUUUCUGACGUAAGUCAAAGGGCAAGUGUGCCCAAGUCUGAGACAGCUGGACGGAAGGAGCGCUGAGCCUGUGCCUCUGGGGCAAAUAUUGUCUGUCGUUACUGUCACAUGCGCUGCAAAAGCCCCAGCUGCUCCCUGUAAGAGUCAAGGUGAGCUUACUAACGAUCAGGAUAUCAGCUACCGUAGGCGAGCUUGGAGUAAAGCUCAGUUAUGAUCCAUCCAGUGCUGAGACUUACUGGGCUCAGCAGUCAGAAGGAAGACUAUGAGAUGCUCAGACUUCUGCGAACUGACACUUAACCAUCCCGUGCUAAUGGACAGACGUCUGAGCGGCUGCCGAAUUUCACUGAUGCCAUGAGACUGGCACGUUCCUAUUUUAGCCUCUUUGACCAGAGACUGUUUUCUUUGCUGUGUCAGAGCUGAGCUGUGUGAAGCCAGCGUAGACUGUAACAUACCUCUACUACAGCUUUUAGGGUGCAAAUAUCUAGUCUGGAUCCUGUUACCAGCAAGCACACAGCUGUGGUGUUUCUGAUUUUGACAGUACCCGUGUAGAAAGAGCUAAACUUCCCUUCGCUGAAGAAAAGCAUGGGAUGGUACAGAGCCAGCAAUGUCCCGGCACCCACCUUCACAAUCAUGUCUGACCACACAGUAGGUCAGCAUAGACUUACUGUGGCCAAGAUCCUUUUAUGUUGACAAAGUAAGAAUAGAGUUAUGUUUGAAUAUCCAGAUUGGGAAGUUUGGAAAAAAAGUAGAAUUAUUCGUGUUAGAAUUUGCAUUUUAAUAUUCAAGAAUUAGGUAGUCUACAUUAAUCCAAAACCGUGCUUACAAACAGAUGCUGAGGUUUAUGAGCAGAUGACACCCGUGUUAGAAUGUUGUGAAUACUGAGAGAGGAUUUUCUGAAUCAUGCUAGGACAUGUUUGGAGGCUGGGGCAUUGACAUGGACGUCUUUCCCAGGGAAGAUGUCAUCUGAAUCGGUGAAGACAUGCUUCGCAAGGGGGCAGAUCCAUUGUACGCUACAAAAAGUUCAAAGGCAGUGUUAACUAAUAUUAUUUAGAGAUGUUUAUUCUGACAAUUUUAAAAGCAUACUUUUCUAUUCUAAAACUAUGAUUUCUAGGCUAUAUUUUUAUUGGCACUUCUGCAAAUGAUUUUGGAUCCUAAAGAUGGCAAUUAAUAACACUGGACUGUGAGCAUGGCUCACCGAAGCCUCUCGUCAGACACACACAAGGUGCUAAAAUCAGGGCGGAGUCGCUGCCUUACUUAGCCUGGCUGCCCUGGGCCCUCUGACUUUACACAAGAUUAGGUCUUGGCAUUUUAAAUGAUACAGAAUCCUUUCCAGUCGGUAGAGUGUUUGCCUGGACCACACAAAGCCCUGGGUUCGGUCCCCAGUACACAUAACUGAGCGUGGUGGUGCACGCCUGUAACCCCAGCACUUGGGAGGUGGAGGCAGGAGGAUCAGAUGCUUAAGGACAUUCUUGACUCCAUAGGGAGCUAGGGGUCAAACUAGACUGUAGGAUAGAUACCCUGUCUCAAAAAGGAAAAAUGAAAAUGUGAAGAGAUCUUGAAAACUGUUUUAAAAGCCUUUUUUUCUUUUAGCAGCUACUAAAUAAUCUUGACCUGUAUAUCAUCACAUAACAAAAAAUCACUUAGUAAGUAGCGACUUUGAGUAGGAAGGGGAAAGACUGGCUGUGAUGCUAUAGGCAGCAGAAAUCUGGAGUCUCCUUCCCUAGUGUCCAGGGUGUGAUCUGCAUUCACAUUUCAGUGCGGCCCUUUCAGAGGGGUGAAGGGAUGCUCGGAUGCUCUCCUAAUCCUUCUUCCUGCAGUCUCUCAGGAGGCUAGGUACCAAGUCUACUUUUAAUUCUGCUUUGAGCUUAGAUGACAAUAAACUUGGGAAAGUAGAGGCUUACCAAGUUAGUCUUUUACUAUUUAGGCCAAAUUUUCAAGUCCAAUCUUGGAGAACUUUUAGGUAUGAACUGUUUUUUUCUUCCGUCCUAGAGAAAAGACCACCUGUACUCUUUAAAGCUAGUGUUCAUGACGAGAAGAGAACAUCUAAAAUACCUUGUUCAGAAAAAUGUACAGGCCUGUCAGGAGCGCGUCUCCUGCGGCAGGCUGGUGCCAAGGUCAAUGGCCAAUGGCGACAAGAUCUUCUAGGAUGGGAAGCUUAGGAAAAGGCAGAGGAGGUCCUGAACCAUCCCUUUACACUUGAAUUUGAGCUCCCUCUGGUGGUGGCAUUGAAGGCUCCUGAGGACAGACAACUAGUGUAGAUUAACACUUUUUGCUCUUAAAGUCUUGACCAGCCGGGCGGUGGUGGCGCACGCCUUUAAUCCCAGCACUCGGGAGGCAGAGGCAGGCGGAUCUCUGGGAGUUCGAGACCAGCCUGGUCUACAGAGCUAGUUCCAGGACAGGCUCCAAAGCCACAGAGAAACCCUGUCUCGAAAAACCAAAAAAAUAAAAAAAGUCUUGACCAACAACCCUAAAUGCCACCAUCUCAUUCCAGCAUAAAGCCAUGAGAAUAAUAUCCAAACUAGAUUCUUUUCUACAUGUUUUUGUGUUUUUAGUUUGUUGUUGUUGUUGUUGUUGUUCUUUUUGUAUAAAACUGUGAGCCACAGAAGUUGACCACUUAACUUCCUUUGUUAUUAAAAGGGGGAAAAAAAUCUUCAUCUAAUCUCCAAAAUGCAUACAAAUCCAGUCUCAUGACUGUAAUCCCAGCACGUGGGAGGCUGAGACAGGAGGAGCUAUGAGUUCAAGGAUAGCCUGGGUUACACAAUCUACUUGACUUCAAGGGCAUUCUGGGCUCCAUGGUAAUCAGGCAGCACUGAGUUUUGGUCAAAGCAUCCAGAAGCAACUCCAGAUUCUUAGACUUCCAUGUCAAAUAAACCACUUUUGAAGCAUAAGCUGACAGUUUCAUUAACUAUUUCGCUGAAGCGUUUCCACAGCCUUAGGCUUCCGCGUUUAGCACAAAUCUCCGAGAGACGCAGUGAGCUCGUAUGACGGGAUUGUGUUGUUUUCUCUACAGGUCUUUCAUGCAAGCAUUUCAGAAAUCCAGUUCUCUUAGAUGGUACGUCUUCUGAAUAUAACUGAGUAGGGUAGCUGGGACUGCAUUAGGUCGCUGUGCGUAUUGGCUUAGCGAGGUGCUGCGCAUAAUAUUAGCAGAGGAGAUAGAUACUCCUGUAGUCAGCCUAAGUUAGGACUGCCCUGGAAAUGAGGCCGUAUUCCCUUCAUCAGAAGACACAUACACCAACUGUUUUAAAUGGUAAUAUGGGAUUACCAUAUGGUAAUAUGUCUCCCCAUAAGACAAAGCUGAUAAAAAUUUUGAGUUGCAAUGUGUUCUGUAUUUUCCAACGUGUCUGUUUAUCUUAUCUAACUCUUUCGCCAAUAUUCAUUGGCCAAAUUCAGUGUAAGGAAAGACAGACUAUAGAAGAAUUUGAUGAAUUUUGACAAUCUGUCUUGAGGGUUACCUUCCUCUAUAUUAUUUCAGUCAUUUGGAGUUUACACGGACUGUUUAUGAAAAAGCGUUAUUAGCAACUGAGGAAUAGCUCAGCGGUAAGGAACGUUCCAGCAUGUACAAGACCUGGGAUUGGUCCUCAGCGCUGAUAAAGGAAAAUGAAGUGAUUCCAUCAGUAUUCUGUUCUAAUACUUGGAGAAUGACCUUCAUGUUUAUAUAUUUUAUGUCUUAUGUUUUAACUAUACAGUGAUAAAAUCCAGGAAAUGUUUUAUAACAAAAUAAACUUUUGUUUGUAAAAUGUUUGUAAUAAUGUAAAAGUGGAUCUUAUACAUGUUCAAUAAAAAGCAGUAUC